AUGCUCGACAACACGACUACAGUAUCCCGCCGAUGGAGUCGAUCGACAAGGGGAUGCAUUACCUGCGCACGAUCCAAGGUCAAGUGCUCAGAGGACCGGCCUUCAUGCCAGCGAUGCAGUCGCCUGCAGCGUCACUGCCAGUGGCGUGGAGAUCAUGUUCCCCUCCGAGAGCGAAGGCGCGGGUUUGGCCCUGCCAAAUCUCGCCCUCAGUACAUGCCUCCUCCAGUCUUGCCCUCGAAGGAAAUCUCCAAAGACACUGUCCAGCAAAGGGCCGAAAGCGACAAAAGUCCCCUUGAUUGGGGAGGGAGUCCCUCAACGACGUCGGUGAACGAAAACGAGUCGACAACUACGACUGAUCCGGUUCUAAAUCAUGCAGCGCACUAUGACGAAGGCAUGGCCAUGGAUGUUAUGUUUAAUCAGAACAUAGCGGCAUCACCUCAAGCACUGCUGAGCACUGGACACAUACCAUCCCGGUGCUCGAUUCUCUUUGGGCCCUUGGAGCAGGACGCUCUCUAUUUCUUCGAGAACGUCUUCUCAAAGUGUAGCCCCAAGACCUUCUUAUGGUCCAAGUUGGCCAUCCUGCUUCAUCAUGCCUACGACGACGCCACGGUCAUGCAUUUGCUGCUGGCGUCAUGCCUUGGCACCGUUGCCCGGAACCACCCGAACCGUUCAGUGUUGACCACGGCCAAGUCUCAUUUCACAAUGGGAACCAACAGCUUUGUCGACGGAAUGCAACAGCCGAUAUGUAAUCAUACAAAGACUUUGAUGGCCUUUUGGCUGUUGCAACUCACGUACCGUGCGAUCUGGGAUGAUAAAUGUCGUCGGGCUAUGAAGAAGCUCAGCUCUGCAGUAGCAGACUACGUCCGCAAGCAUCGUCUUCUGAACCUCUUCGAUGCCGAGGAGUCCCCACUCCGGGAUCUCUCCAGCAGCACAUCUCCUGAAGAGAAAUCCGCUGUUGAUUCGGUCUCUUCUCCUCUGGCUCUGCCUGCGAACAGGAGUCUUGUCGCGAGUCUCCUGCUCUUCAUAGCGUAUGAGGACCUGGACUCUGAAUCUUGCGGCAUUGGAGGCAAAGUUUCUCGCCUGGUACUCUCCGGCGAUGAUGCAUCGCGCUCCUUGUUUGCCUGUUCCCGGAAUGUCCACGCUGAUUACUUCGGUGACCACGCUACAUCGUCUACGAGAGAUCCCACGUUGGACUGGCCAAUAAUAGCGGCUGACUUCCGAGGGGCUGAACAGGACUAUUCGGCCAUAUUCCUCUUGGCAGACGCCCCUAAUCCAGCCGAUACAAAGUUGAUCACAGCAUCAUAUAGCAUUGUAUCCCAUUUCCAUGCUGUCCUUGUCUGUGUUCUAGUUACCAUGGCUUCUGCUUCACCAUCUGAACAGAUCCAACGAGAUCUUGCCGUCGCCAAGGACGGUCUAAUCCGCGUGAUUUUCCGAAUGAUUACCCAGAGGCCAGAUAGACCGUUCAUGUGGCGGAACCAAUGGGCAGUGUUCGUUAUGGCGAGAGAAAUAAACGACGCGAUUCAUCGGGAUUCGUUGCUACAGAAGCUUGGUAAUAGCAGCUAUGCUAUGUUACUCAAGGAAGGCAGAGAGCGGAAUCUCGGUUUGCUGGCCUAG